CUGUGUUAAUACUUUUGGCCGCAUCGUGACACUUUCACUUCCUUGUGGGCGGAGCUUCAUUCGCCGUUGCCAUGGGAAACGGAGGUCGGAGGGCAAAAACGCGUUGAGCCGAAGUUUGGCGUCUUUGUAGAGGUGUUUUAACUCUUAAUAACACCGUCUGUACACUCCGGUGAUGUGUCACUGCUUCACUAAGACUUAAGUCGCCUUCGUAAUUCACGUACUCAUCAUGGCUAGUAGAAACUCUGCGCUGUAUCCGCGUCAUUUGGGUGCAGCUCGGUUCGUGCCGAGCCGCGGAGGACACACCGGCUCCCGGGAGAAUCAUGACCGAAGAGGGCUGCAGCUGAGCCGGCAGCGCUGCCUGGCGGCGCCGCCUCCCCGGAGACCGAGUGAAAUACCCAGACGGCCCUCACAUCUGGAAACCAAAUCAGUCACCCUGGAGAAAACGGGACAACAAGUGGGAACGAGUUUGCCAGUUUGCUGUACCCAGGCUGGAAAAAGAGCAGAUAUCAUUUCCCUGAGGAAGCAUCUGGGCCACGCCAGGCGUCUGGCGUCGGCAAUUAAGCGGGGCCAGAGCUACUUCCACCUCCUGCAGAAAGAAGAACGGGAGGAGCAGGAGGCGGAGGAGAGGCGGCGGAUGAGGAGGGAGGAGCAGCUGAGAACAGAGCCACGACCUCCCAGUUUCUCCUCUGACUCAGACAGCGAUUCAGAGGGGUGGCCGCUCCCUGCAAGACCCAGAUGCUCAGGUGUGGAUGAGGCGAAUGAGGCGAGGCCACGCAGGAGGAAGAACCAGUCAGAGCGGCCUUUCACCCCGGUCCAUCACUCUCUGACCUCCCCUCUGCUGAGUGAAACACCAAGGAAGGUCAUCUACCGCCAGCUCUGCUGCCUGAAUUGGCUGCUGGAGGCCCUGACUCUGGAUCGCUCCGGCAGAGUCGGCCCCCUCACUGCCUGCUGGGACCCCAAAGACCCUGGCCGAGGCAGGACCACAAUAAAGACGCUGAAAAAAGAAAGAGCCAUUGAGAACAAAUGGGAGCAGUUUCUUUCAACCAAGCCUCGGAGAGCUCAUCCCAGGCGCCCUCGCAGCUCCUCUGCUCGCCUCCACACCCACAGGAAGUCUUCCAUGGCCUCCAUCUCGACCCUAACAUCCAACACUGUGGGCAGCAGCGUAUCGUCUCUGGUCCAAGGCACUGAGGAGGACACGGAGUCUCCAGCAGCAGCAGAGGACACAGACCAGCCCCCCUCGGACUGUCUUCGCACAUUCUCAAAUGUCCACCUGAAAGUCAAGGGAAAGAGCAAAAGCCCACAAACCAGCAAUCUAGGAGACAGGCUGAAGGCAGGUGAAGGCAGCUGUCCUGCUAAGCCCCCAUCAGCCAUCAGCCGUCCGACCACCAAUAGGGCCGCCACGCUGCGGGAGCGGAGAGCAGCCUUUGAUGAAAGGGUCGAAGAGAUGGCUCAGAGCUACGUCGACGUCCUGCAGCUCAAAGCCAGAGAGAGGUUGAACAGUGGUCUCCAGAGGUAUCGAGCCUCGUGUCACAUGACCGGACCCCAUGGCCCUCCUCAUCAUGUGACCUCGACGUCUCAAGAGACAGAGGCUCCAAACAACAACAGUGAAAGCAAGCACAGCAACAAUAUGUGGCUGUCCACUCUGCUGAGCGGACUGCCCGAGGUGGUGUGCAGGGAGCAAGCGGUGAACCGGGUGCUGGAGAAGCUGAGGGGGUUUGCAGAGCAGCAGACGCUCAGGGUCCGACCUCAGCUCUUCCUGAAGGUGCUCGAGGGUCUGGAGCCAUGGGAGCUCUGUUUGCCUGAGCUGUGUGUGGCCAUCCAGAUUGCCACAGAGCAUGUGGUCCAGAUGCCCAUGGAGGAGUAUGAUGCCUGGCUGCGUUCAAGGCUUACUCUGCCCCCGCCCCACAGUACCACUGUGCGCCUCGAACAGCAGAUGCAUCCUUUGGGACUAUGUAAUAAUAAUGAUGAGGAGGACCUAUAUGAGUAUGGCUGGGUCGGAGUGGUGAAGCUGGAGCAACCAGAGCUGGACCCAAGUUGCCUCACCGUGCUGGGAAAGGCGAAGAGAGCUGUGCAGCGGGGAGCCACGGCCGUCAUCUUUGAUGUGUCAGAGAAUCCGGAUGCCAUCGACCAGCUCAACCAGGUCGCAGAGGAUCCUCUGAAGCGGCCGGUGGUUUACGUGAAGGGAAAUGACGCUGUUAAGUUGAUGAACAUCGUCAACAAGCAGAAAGUCGCUCGUGCUCGGAUACAACACAGACCACCGAGGCAGCCCACGGAGUACUUCGACAUGGGCAUCUUCCUGGCUUUCUUCGUGGUCGUGUCGCUGGUUUGCCUCAUUCUGCUUAUCAAGAUCAAACUCAAGCAGAGGAGAAGCCAGAGCUCCAUGAACAGGAUGGCCAUUCAAGCCUUGGAAAAGAUGGAGACGAGAAAGUUCAAGGCCAAAGGAAAGGGCCAGCGCGAGAGCAGCUGUGGAGCCUCUGAUUCGCUGAGCAGCAGCUCCACCUCCGACUGCGCCAUCUGUCUGGAGAAGUACAUCGACGGGGAGGAGCUGCGGGUUAUCCCCUGUGCUCACAGAUUUCAUAAGAAAUGUGUCGACCCCUGGCUGCUCCAGCAUCAUACCUGUCCCCACUGUAGACACAACAUCAUCGAGCAAAAAAAGGGAAAUCCAGGACCCUCGUGCAUGGAUCCUGGCAACCCAGUCCACGGCCGGCAGCGGGUGGUGUUGCCAGUUCAUUAUCCUGGCAGGGUGCACCGGGCUGGCCAGGUGACUGCCUACCCAACCAGAACCAGCAUGGACCCCCACGGCAACCCCAUCACAGUGCUCACUGUGGACCAGCACCCAGAUCCCCAAGGUCUUUACCCACCCCAGUCAACAUCUGCCUUUCUCCGGAGCUACCACCCCACCCUCCACCUGGACCAUUCACUCAACCCUCACCACUGUGGACUAGAUCACCGUGGACCACCCGCCUACCCAGCACAGCCGCAUCAUGCUGCUUUUAAACGACCCAAGUUUCAUGGUCGUAACUUUUCCCGAGCAGCCUGCUUCUCGCAGUAUGAGACUAUGUACCAACACUAUUAUUUUCAGGGGUUGACUUUCCCUCAACAACCUGAGGGUGGCCAAGGGCCUGCUAUGGCAGGGCAGCUUGGUGGAGGAGGGGCCCACAAGGGCCACCACAGCAGGGCCUUUCAGCAGGGGCUUCUAUACCCCACAGUGGUACACAUGGCACCUGCUUCUUCUUCGAGGAUAGGUGAUACUGGCAGCACUUCUGGCCUGAGCUGUUACCAUGGCCACCGCUCAGUGUGUAGUGGUUACCUUGCUGACUGCCCCGGCAGUGACAGCAGCAGCAGUAGCUCAGGCCAGUGCCACUGUUCCUCCAGCGACUCCAUGUUGGACUGUACUGAGGUCAGCAACCAGGGUGUGUACGGUAGCUGCUCCACCUUCCGCAGCUCGCUGAGCAGUGACUAUGAUCCUUACGUCUACCGGAGUAAGAGUCCGUGUAGGGGAUCCACAGGGGAAGCAGGGGCUGCGUCUUGCACCACAGUUCCUGCUGAGGACUUAACAUCCUCUGCUCCCUUGGGACAUGACUGCCUCCAACUCCCUCCUGGAGCUUCGGGAUAUAAUUCGGGGGACCACCUCUCCAACUGCAGUUUGGAGCCCAACUACAGCAGUCGCUCAUCACUGGAACCCAGGGAGAACAGCAACACUAGCACUACCUCAGCCGGGGCUCCAGAGGCUCCCGGAGCAGACAGGGGGAAAGGGGCGCAGGAAGAGUCGGGGGAGCUUGGAGCAGCAGCCUGUAGCUGCUGCUUUGAGGUGCUUCCUCCCAAUGUGGAAUGCAAAGGGCAGGACUUGGACCAAGCUGGGCCUCUGGCCACAGGACGCUUCCACCGGGGGAUGGACUUCCAGAGUUCAACCUCCAAGAACUACUUUGCCCCUGAGCACAUGUGCCCUUCUUCAGAGCAGGUGAGCUAUGAGGGGCUGCCCUGCUGCUUCUACAAAGAGAUGAAGGUCCAUAGGGCCACAGCAGGGUGUUACACCGAGGACUACGCUGUUAAUGUGCAGUAUGCGCAUGCAGACUCAGAGGCCUGCUCUGGACAGGGCUGCUGCGAACUCAAUCAGAGAAUACCCAUAAUUCCUGAGGACACAGAUUGUGAAAUGGGCACAGGGGCAGAGACCCAGAGCAGUUUAUUGCCCAUUAGUGUGACAGUGGAGGCAGAGAUGCGGACAGGGGAGCGACAUGAGCCCAGAGAGGGGUACUUCACCUCAGGACAGUUUAGAGGUCAGCCAUACCCUCAGGAGGAAGAGACCAGGGCUUUGUUCCACCCUCAGCUCUCUGCAAGCCCCACUGCACUGGGAAGCAGUACUUCAACAAAUGAGGGAGGUCUGGGUUUACGAACUUGAGCCCAGAAAGAAGGGAUUCAGUUAAAAGUAUAUGUUUGGUACCGUAUCAGUCAGUCAGUCAUUGAAACCCUCAGCUGCCUUGUUCUAACCUUGCUCUCUGAGCGCUGAAUGUUAUCAUCUUAGAUUGUGUGGAUUUCUACUGAAAUGGCCCGUCAUCUCUAGAUAUACAGAGUAUCAAGUUCAUUCCUGUGGCGACAAACAUCUCGGCACCAAACUAUGUUACCAUAGUGCUGAGACAAAAAGUGAUACUACAAAUAUGGAUAUAGGUUAUAAACUGAAGCUAGAGGUGGGUUGGUGUUGGCAUCCGACUGUCUGGGUUAUGCCCCUUCAGCACUACGUAAUCUGGGCCAAUUUCUUGUGAGAUCUUUUCAGAUUUUGUGAAGAGCAAAAUAUCUGAACCCCAUCUUUUGUGCAAGUUCUAGGAAAUCUGAGAUGUUUUCUUCACAGAUAAAGUACACUCUUAAUUCAUAAACAUCCACAUCUACAUGUAUGUGCGCACACAAACACUGACUGCCUAUAAAGCUUCAACCGCCAACUCAAAUAGGUUGUAUGGACAUAGCUAUACCAAAACAGAAAGACAUGAUUGUUUGUUUGUUUUUAGUUGUUUUUUUUAUUACUUUUUUCACGAGCAGGGAAAUGGGUCUGUUUAAAGUGUCUGUGACCCACACAUUUCUCUGAGGAGAAGAAGCUAUCUAUAUAUUACAGAAAAAAAUGCAUAGAAAUGUGAAUGCAAGGCUGACACUGGUCUCUAUUCAAUUUAAUACAGAAUUUGUUUUAUGCAUUGCAUUUCUGUCCAUUAGUGGCCUAACUGUAUGAGAUGUGCCAGAGCAACAUGAAAGCCUUAUGCUGGUAAGCUAUUUGUAGCAAUAUCUAAAAAGACACUGCACCACUUUCAGUCGAACUCCAGACUAAAGUGACGGCGUCUUGGGGUCAGUAGAUUUCUUCAAAAAAGUAGGGUGUAGCACUCUACCUCUUGUUUGGAAGCCCUUAAAAGUGUGUUUUGCUGUCACCCAAUUUCCUCAAUGAGGCAUGCUCUAAUAAAUAUCUAUAAAAAGGUUCUAGCGUGUAUUAAAAGGCCAAAGGAAAGUAGCUGGAAAAAGACUCAUAUUUCAUAAGGGUUCCUUAUUGUACUGUGACUUUUUUUUUUUUUUUUUAAACAAUGCAGUUAUACAUACCACAGUGUAUCCGUUUGAAUCAUAUCGUGCCAUGCAUAAUACAUAUUCGCGAUAUCAAUGCUUGUCAUUCAUGCCUUUCUGUUUGUCCUGCAGACUGUUUUUUAUACUGUUUCUAUGAAAUAUACACAUUCUCUACACAGAGGAAAACUUUCUGAAAUAACCCUAUUUAUAAGUUAACCCAGUGCUGUAAUCAAGUGAGAAUCUAAUCUUGCCUUUUGCAUAGAGAUAUGUACCUACUGCAAAUAUAACAUUUUGGGGUACUUGAGUCACUAUUUAAUUUUUUUUUGUUAUCGUUUCUAGCACUUAAGAAGAUUAAAGUGUACAAAAAUUAAUAUUUUUUAAUUUUUUAAGAAUAUAAUUAUUUUCUGUCAUUACCAUUACAAAUGUUUUAAAAAAGGCUAGAAAUCAAUCUGUGUAUAUUUCUGUAUCUGUAUAGCAAACACAUUUCAUAAAUGGAAAUAUGUUCUCUGAAUAUUUAUUUACUAAUAUAUUUAUCUUUAAGCCAUGUCUUAUGUUCAGAGUGUAUGAACGUUUGAGUUAUUUGGUUGCUUUUUAUUUUGAGAAAAAUCACUAACAUGAGACUUUGUAUAUACAUGGUAAUUGCACACAAGACGAUUAAAUCUUCUCUGACCAAAAAACUGAUUUUAAAAACUUUAGUACCAUACAGUUUUGUAAUUAAAGUGUACAAAGAUCUGUAAAAUAUACAGUUUUAUUCAAGUAA